AUGGCUAAUAAGUCCAUUAUUAGCAAGAAAAAGAAUGGGAUUGUGAAGCUCAAAGUGGUAGUGGAGAAACUACAAAGGAGUUUUCUUUUGGGUAAAAAAUCGUGGGAUCACGAGGGUGUCCCGGAGGAUGUCAAGGAAGGGCACUUUGCGGUGAUCGCCGAAGAGGAAAAUGAAUACAAGAGAUUCGUGGUGCCGUUGAGGUAUCUUUCUCAUCCGACGUUCUUGUCGUUGUUGGAGCAAGCUGCGGAUGAGUAUGGAUUUGAUCAUGGUGGUGCAUUGACGGUUCCGUGCCGGCCGGCUCAGCUGCAGAAGAUAUUGGCUCAAGAGAGCCGGAGGCUAGGGCUGAUGUAA